UCUUCCUCUCGCUCCCCUCGGAAAAAACAAACAAACAAACGUUUCUGAGUUGGUAAAAGAUUUGAGGGUGGGGAGAUAAGCAUAAAUGGCCACCGGUCUCCUUACCCCGGUCGUACAGUACUUGGUCCAGCUACUCGAUGAGGAAGCAAGACUCGUUGGUGGAGUGAAGGAUGAAGUCAAUUCACUUAAGGGGGAGCUCAGUUUCAUAUCUAACUACCUUGAUCCAUCCGAGGGCAAGCGGAAGGAGCAUUCCAUAUCGAAGGUGGUAGUCGGCCAAAUCAGGGAGAAGGCUUUCGAGGCUGAGGAUGUAAUCGACACUUUCAUACUCAACACCUCAAAACACACCAGGAGGAACGCGGUGGGGAAGAUGAUCCAUGGGUCUUACCACGCAAAAACGCUUCUCGAGGUAGCAAAGAGGAUAGAAAGCCUCAACAAAGAAAUCAAUAAAAUCUUCGCCAAUAGCACAAAGUACGCCGGUGAAAGAGCUGAAGCUAGUGUAGAUGCAGAGUCCGAGGAGGCACUGCACAGACGUAGGAGAGAAGUCGAAGAAGAUGACGUGGUGGGCUUCAAUAACAACUUAAUGGCAUUGGAGAAGCUUUUUAGUGCAAACGGUGCUGAGCUUGAUGUCAUUUCAAUCAUUGGCAUGGGUGGGUUGGGGAAGACAACUCUUGCCAGGAAAAUCUACAACACUACUCACUUCAGGAGUCGCUUCGCACGCCGUGCAUGGGUAUAUGUAUCUCAACAUGACAAAACUAGAGAGCUAUUGCUUAAAAUUUUAAAGGAAAUGCCAAUCUCAGAUGAGUUGAGAAGGAAUCUUCAAGGCAUGGGAGACGGUGAAUUAAAAGAGACGCUGUACAAAUACUUGAACGAGGAGAGAUACCUAGUUGUCAUGGACGACAUCUGGAAAAUUGAUUUCUGGGAUCAGGUAAGAUCUGUAUUUCCUAAUAACUCUAAUGGAAGUAGAAUAUUGAUCACCGGUCGUAAUAAAGCGGUGGCUUUAAAGGCAAGCCAUACUCCUCCCUACAUUCUUCCAUUUCUUAAUAAAGAAGAAAGUUUGAGACUUUUUCAUAAGAAGGUGUUUCGAGGAGGAGAAUGUCGUCCUGAGUUAGAGUCUCUAGCGAGACAACUAGCUGAAGGCUGUCGUGGCUUACCACUUUCAAUUGUGGUAUUAGGAGGCAUUUUAGCAAACGAAAAGCAAGAAUUGCUAACAUGGUCGAAAUUUGUUCGAGUAAAUCGCUACCUUACUCAAUGCAAAGACAUAUUGGCCUUAAGCUACACCUACCUGCAGCGGCACUUGAAACCAUGCUUUUUGUAUCUUGGUGCAUACCCAGAAAACUUCGAGAUUCCUGUAAGGCAAUUGAUCAACCUAUGGGUAGCUGAGGGUUUCAUACAGCAUACUCACAAUAUGGACACAGAGGAUGUUGCUGAAGACUACUUUGAGCAGCUCAUUGAUCGAAGCUUGAUCCAAGUGGCUAGCAGGAGGACAGACAGAAGAUCAGUAAAGACAUGUCGUAUUCAUGAUCUUUUGCGAGAUUUCUGUAUAUCACAGAGUGCAGAAGAGAAGUUUCUCGAGGUUCGUACAGAAGUUAACCAUUUAUCUGCAAACAAGUCUCGGAGACUUUCCAUCCAAGGUAGCAUUGAUCCAUAUAUUUUUUCAAACCCAUCUCACCCUACAUUUCCCCGUUCUUUGUUGUUUCUUGGCCAAGAUGCAAAUGAUUUUGAUCCAAACCACUGGAGAUGGAUUCACGAAAACUUCAAGUUGGUUCGGGUGCUUAAUUUUGGACAUGUAAAUCUCUCCAUUCCCACAAGCAUAGGAAGAUUGAUCCAUUUGAGGUACUUGGGUAUAAAAUCUGAUACAUUAAAAGUUAUACCACCUUCCAUUUGCAACCUUACAAAUCUAGAAACGCUUGACAUGAGAGGUACUUUUCUAAAUCGUUUGCCAAAAGGGAUAGGGAAGAUGCGACGCUUAAAGAAUCUGUACAUGUCUGGGCCAGUGAGCUUACCUGACGAUUUGGACCCGGAUAUUAAAGCCCUAUGGAGCCUUCAAGACCUUUCCACUGUAUCCCUUACACCACAAAAUGUGCCUCUAAUUGUCGAGGCCAAGCUUGCUAAUAUAAGGAAAUUAGGAAUAUGGUUUGCGUCUGACGAGAGCAACAACGAAGUAGUAGAUGUUUUGAAAAGCCUCAUCCACUUGCCUCAUCUUCACACAUUGAAAAUUAUAAAUUUUUCGGAGCGUCCUGGUUUUCCAAUUUCAUUUCCGUCGAAAAUCACCAAAAUAACUUUACGACGGGUCUGCUUAGAAGUCGAUGGCGGCAUGAAAGUGCUGGGGGAACUUCCCGAUCUUCUGAUACUGAAGCUACAAAGAUGCUUGCUUUCUAGCAAUUACCUCGAAGUCAUUGAUGGUUCAUUUCCUCAACUCGAAGUCCUAAAAUUGGAAAAUUUGAGAAUUAAAGCAUUGAAACAGAACAGAGCCGCAUUUCCUUGUCUCAAGCAUUUGGUUAUCAAAGGAUGCACGGAGUUAACCGUCCUCCCUUCGGAAUCCUGGAGUUUGUGUUGUGCUUUGCGCGAUGUGGAGGUGUUACGGAGCAACAUAGAAUCAGUAAUUACACUUCAGGAAUUGCAGAGGUAUUUUGAGUUCAAUCUACUGAUCGAUCCUCUUCCGGGUGACAACUUUUAUCAAUAAAGCUGUUAUAUAUAUAUAUAUAGUUUCUCUACCUUUUUCUUUUGAUUCUGAAGGGUUUUCUGAACAGAGUAGCCACAAUUAUGCAGAUAAAGUUAUCAAUUAAUUGCUCUUGCUUUGUCUUUUAAUUUCUACAUUGUUAAUUAAUAUAUGAUAGCAGAACUUCGACGGAAACGAAAAUGUCGUUCCUUUCUACUGCUGUUGCAUGGUUUCUUAU